AUGAAACACCCCACAGGACUUCGCAAAGGGCUGGUGGAACAAUGGCAAGCAGCUGUUUCGCCGACCGAAAAGUUCCAGUUCUUGAAAGCAUAUCUCCUCGACAAGGAGAUGAGCUCGAUCGAAAUCCAACCAUAUUUCGAGGAGUUGUCGGAGCAAAAGAACACGGAGCACUUCAUCGAGCUUCCCCUGAAUAAGAUCGUCGAACAGUACGGCCACCUCGCUGGGGGCCCCGCCUUCAUUGAGUCGAUAAAAAAAGACCAAGCCGGACGUGCCCAUCCGCAGUCGACGGACGAGAACAUGCGAAUAUACAAAAUCUUCAAAUGCAUGGAUUUCAAGAGCCUCCAGAUUGCAAUUAUAAUUCAGUCUGAAUCUCCAAUAUUUAGCUGCAUGCAUGACUUGUUAAUCCGAGGUGCCCAGAUCAGCAGGGUGGGAUCGAAGACGAGUGCAUCGGUGAAACCAUCGACCAACAAGGCCGAGCGACAGGCCUUGGUUGAUUCAGUGGAGAACAAAAUCGGCUCAAUGAAGAGCCCGGCUGGCUUACCCUCAGAAGUCAAGACGAAGGCCAGACCCAAGCCCAAGAAGGAGACUUGUUGUCGCUGCAUCCAUCUUGUGUGUGUACAUGCAGACCUAGAUUCUAGAUAG